AUGUCAGAACUCCAAACAACCACGCACCACACCGCCGUCGCCCCACCAUUCCCCGGCGCACCAGCUUUCACAUUCCACCUCACCCGCCUGGCGGACACGCUGUUCGUUUGGAUCGGCGCGGCUGAGCGCGCCGAAGACGACCCGAAGCGUAACCUCGCGCAGGAGUGGGCUGUCGCCAUGCCCAGCCGAGGGAACAUCCCCGCUACCGCGACGCCAGUGUUCCGCCAGGGGGCGGGGGACACUGCGCUGCCUAUGGCGCAGCGGCUUGCCAAGCGCUUCCCACCCAACCAGAUCCACCUGUCGCUCUCGCUCCCCGGCAGCCUGACGGCUACGUCUGGACCCAACCUCGACCCCUACGCCAGCAAGGCGCUGCUGGUCAUGGAGAAGCGGCUCGUUGCAUGGCUCACAGAGGUCGUCGGAUCUACCCGUGCGCCCGUAAGCGCUUAA